AUGGACUCUACAAGGCUUAGGAAAGCCUUCAAGUACCCCUCUGAUGACGACGGAGACGGGUCGCAGGAGGCCAUGGACGAAGAAGAACAAGAGCUUCUUUUACAAAACCUUCAGGCAUCAGAGACGUCGACAAAUGAGAUCUACACCACGGUGUUCACAUGUCUUCCGCUCGUCAUCCUCCUGCCGUUUCUAUGGUAUCUAUCCAAAUCAACCUCAGGAACAAUGGUUCUCCUAUGUCUGUUGGGCAUCACCUCGCUCAUCUCCAGUGCCUACAUAAUGUACAUGGUACCUGUUUCGACACCCCUAGGGUCUUUGUCCAACCUUCCACGAAUCGCGUCAUCUGCUCGGCAGCGACGGAAUUACAGCGGUUCUCAGACACCCUUCCUCUUGACUUCUGAUCAAAGCCCCAUCAACCAGUACUUACCCUACCUCAACGCAUUCAUCUGCGCAUUGUUGUUCCUUGCUUCUUGGGGUUAUUGGUCGCGGAGUGAUGUGCCAGAGGGUCUGUGGCUGUUUCUACUGCUUCCGGGUGUUAUUUUUGGGAUGGUCUUCAUGGCGAAGCGGAGUAUGGCGGAGAUUGAGACCGGGUUGAGCGAGCUGCGUGGGAUGCGAUAUCAAUACAAAGGGGCGUGA